GUCAAACUACAAAUUUAAAAUAUAAAACGACCGUUUCAAAAAUAAUGUUGAUUUAUAUUUGUUUAUGAUGGAUAUAGACAAAGUAGAAGUUUCCAACGUAUCAGAAAUAUUCGAUUUAAUACAACUGAGUUCCGCAUGUCAUUUAAAGUACGCCCUUAAAGUCAAAAAAUCGAUCGAAACCGAGCCUGACGGUGAGCUGCUACCACUAAUCUAUAAAUGGCUACAAUACGCCUUUUUGGUCGAUUUAAAAGAAAAAAAUGUUUACUUGGACAGAAUAAUAAAUUUCACUGUUACACUAGCGACUUCCUUUAAGUGCCGACAAGACCGACAAGAGAGCGACGAAUCUGUGCAAAUACACCCCAUUUUAACCAACAUAUUUAACUUUAUUUUGGAACUUUCAAACUCUACUGUUGAAUCCCAUCGGUACUGGUCAUGCACUUUAUUUAACAGAAUUUUCAAAGAAUUGGAGGAAUUGACGGAGGAACUGUAUGAAAAUAUCACCGAGUCUAUGUUGAAAAGACUAAAAGAUGGGAAAGCUGCCAUUCGAUGUCAAGCUAUUGUUGCCCUACACCGUCUACAAGACCCCACUGACAAACAAGACCCUAUUAUUUCCGAAUUUUGCGAACUCCUUGAUUCAGAUUUUAACGCCAGGGUACGCCAACUUUGCGUGGAAAAACUAGCUCUGAACAAAGAAUCAAUUCUUUUUGUGAUCAAUCGCACCCGCGAUGUAGACGCCAACGUGCGGCUAAGCGCAUUCGAAAAAUUAAAAUCGGUCGCGAAGUAUUUAAAAGUCACCCAAAAACGCGAUGUUUUGCAAUGCGGACUUUAUGAUUCUUCAGAAAAAAUUAAAAAAUUUACAACUACAGUGUUAUUACAAUACUGGCUAGAGAGCUAUGAUGAUGAUUAUUUGAAGCUAAUAGAAUCAAUUAGGUUAGACGCUUGUGAGGAAGAUAUUAGAAUCACAGUUCACUUGGUUGAACAAAUACUGAAAGCUUUAUUCAAAUCAGCGUCUCUAGAUAGUAUAGUUCAACAUAUUAACGUGAAUGACGAAAAAAUAAUUUUGUAUGAAAAUCUGACCUGGGAAAUUGUGUUGUACUACAGGAUUGUUGUACAGUUUUUGCGACAAUCGCAGGAUUUUGAAGACGCUUUAAAUAAUAUUUUGCCUGAACUUGUACAUUUUUGUAGAUAUAUAAAAGGAUAUUGCGACUUUAUGAAGCAGAAUGAGCAUUUUUACGAAUUACAGUACGAAUUUACCCUACAACAGUUCUUUCUCAUUACUCUAACGUACGAUGUCAGUGAUACCGCCAGCAGACGGUGUCUAAAUUCACUAGCACACUCUCUACUACAAAACGAAGAUAUGUCUGCAGAUCUCGCCGAAUUAGUAAUGCGUAAUCUUGAAAAAGUCAUCCCUAAUGUUAACGACAGAUCAGUUUUUGUGUGUGAAAUGAUUUCUAACAUUAUGUACAGUGAUGAACUCGGCGACUAUGAGGAACUAGAAAGAAAAGAAAAAGAGAAGAAGCAUGCCAUAUCACAACUGCAAUCAGACAUAAUUUCGUUACAAGAACAAGAAAACCGCUUGGUUCACGUGGAAAGAAAUUUUAUUGAAGCCGAGCGCGUGAAACAAGAAAUAGAAACCAAUGAAGCCCUUUUACAGGACUUAAGAUCAGUUCAGGAAAAACCGGAGCCUGUGGAGAAAAAAACAGACGCUAAGACGAUGUUGAAGUGUUUGAAUAUAGCAGAAGCUUUGUUGCGCUCGCCGACUAUUAGAAAAUUUAAUCCGGCGAUAGCUACGUUGAACAAUGAAGUUAUAAAUCAGGCUCUAGUUCACGAGGAUGAUUUUGUUAAAUUGAGGGCGCUCAAAUGUUAUGCUUUGUGUUGUGUUAUUGACUACAGGACUGCUCGUUAUGGUGUUCAUUUAUUUUCUGGUUUAAUGUUCACGCCUGAUACGGACGCCGAAGUUUUAAUAAUUAGUCUGAAGGUUAUUGUGGAUCUUUUGACCAUUUAUGGGCUUGCUUUGGUGGAGAAGAACGAAGAUGAGGAGGAAGAGGCGUCGGAUAGUAGACGCGAGGAGGAAAAGAAGAUUUUUUUAGGGGGGACUUCUUUGACUGAUUUGAUUCAAGCGCUCGCCGAUCAUUUAGAACACGAGGACCCCCAAGUUCAAGUCACGGCGACAACAGGGGUCUGUAUAUUACUCCAAUACGAGCGGAUAACUUCGUCAUCACUCUUGUCCCGAAUUAUUAUCAAAUGGGCAAACCCGGCAACAGACAACGAAAGACUAAAACAAUUCAUCGGCUUAUCCCUAAACGCUCUAACGCGUUUAUCAAACUGCCACACUUACUUCGACGACGCCGUUCUAAACACCAUUCGAACCUUGGUCUACGCGCCAAGAACAAGCGCUUUGAAAGACAUAGACUUGGAUAACACAGUAAAAUUCAUGGUAACACUAUGUGCCAUGCCACGACAGGGUAAACAAAUCCACAGCAACUUAGCGUUCAAAAUAUGCAACCAAAUGCGCGAAAAACCACGUCACAAAGUCAAUUUGUAUUUCUCAAAGGUGCUCGUUUUGUUAGUUGUUCCAGAAAAUUCAGCUCGUGACGAGUUGCUGUCCAUCUGUGAUGAACUGAGAGACGUCAUUCAAGACAAGACAACACUUAAAAACAUAAACAAAUUUAAUACUAAUUUGAGUAAGAGUUUAGUGAAGCUGCAGCCUGUGGAGGAAGAAGGUGCAAUUAAUUAAGAUAAACGUUCUAUUAAGGUCAUUUAUACACAAUUCAGAUUUUUUUAAAUAAAGAUUUAUUUUAUUA